AGUACACCAAAAUUAUUAUUAAUAAUAAUUAAUUCACAAUCUUCGCCAUUGUUGUAUGCGGUCCUUCCGAAGCUCCAAUCUUCCAUCGAAGAACAGAGCUCAGUCUCUUUCUCUCUGUUUCUUACUUUGUGGAACACAACCCACACUAACAACACAAAAAUCUUCCUCACCCUUUCAAUCUGCACUCUCUUUCACACGUUACCAUGCAAGCAUCAAGUUUUGCCUUUAAAGGAACCAGUGCCACUAUAAGGGUUCAAAAGCAGAAUUCUUUGGUGGAUUUUGGAAGCUUGAGAAAUGGGAGUGGUGUGAGAUUUAGAAGAGUAUGCAUGCCUAAUAGUAGUAAUUGCUUUGGCUUAAGGCUUGGUUCUGUUACUGUGGAAACUCACCUGGAUAGAGCUUCACUUGGUUUUAAUCACAUGCUUGGGUAUCCUGCUAAGACUAGAUCACUCAGGGUUCAUGCUUCUGAUGGAGGUGUCGAGGAUGUUGUCCCCACCGUUCCUCAGGGGAAAUCUUCUGGAACUGUUCUGCCCUAUGUUGGUGUUGCUUGCCUCGGAGCCAUUUUAUUUGGUUAUCAUCUUGGGGUGGUGAAUGGUGCUCUAGAAUACAUGGCAAAGGAUCUUGGAAUAGUUGAAAAUACUGUUUUACAAGGUUGGAUUGUCAGCACUCUCCUAGCUGGUGCAACUGUUGGUUCCUUUACCGGUGGAACAUUGGCUGACAAAUUUGGUAGAACUAGGACUUUUCAGUUAGAUGCAAUCCCACUAGCAAUUGGAGCAUUUCUUUGUGCUACAGCCCAAAGUGUUCAGACAAUGAUCAUUGGUCGGUUGCUUGCUGGUAUUGGAAUUGGGGUCACAUCUGCUAUUGUACCACUAUACAUAUCUGAGAUUUCACCAACAGAAAUUCGUGGAGCUCUUGGAUCUGUUAAUCAACUUUUUAUUUGUAUUGGGAUUCUUCUGGCUCUGGUGGCUGGGUUACCUCUGGCAGGAAACCCUAUAUGGUGGAGGACUAUGUUUGGCAUUGCAAUUGUUCCAUCAGUUCUGUUAGCACUUGGAAUGGCAAUUUCUCCGGAGAGUCCCCGAUGGCUUUUUCAGCAAGGAAAAAUAGCUGAAGCUGAAAAGGCUAUCAAAACACUAUAUGGGAAAGAAAGAGUUGCUGCAGUUAUGCGUGACUUAACAGCAGCAACUCAAGGUUCUUCUGAACCUGAAGCAGGGUGGUUUGAUCUGUUUAGUAGCAGAUAUUGGAAAGUUGUGAGCGUUGGGGCCGCACUUUUCUUGUUCCAGCAGAUGGCUGGAAUAAAUGCUGUCGUCUAUUAUUCAACUUCUGUGUUUCGCAGUGCCGGAAUCGCUUCUGAUGUUGCAGCAAGUGCCCUAGUUGGUGCAUCAAAUGUUUUUGGAACUGCUAUUGCUUCCUCCUUGAUGGACAAACAAGGAAGGAAAAGUCUCCUUAUCACAAGUUUUACUGGGAUGGCUGCUUCUAUGUUGCUUCUUUCCCUGUCUUUUACUUGGAAGGUCCUUGCGCCAUACUCAGGCACACUUGCAGUCCUUGGGACUGUUCUCUAUGUCCUAUCCUUCUCCCUUGGUGCUGGUCCUGUGCCUGCCUUGCUUCUACCAGAGAUAUUUGCUUCUAGAAUCAGAGCCAAAGCAGUUUCUUUGUCAUUAGGCACACACUGGAUCUCCAACUUUGUCAUCGGCCUCUACUUUUUGAGUGUGGUGAACAAGUUUGGCAUCAGCUCUGUUUACUUGGGGUUCUCGGGCGUUUGCAUUCUCGCUGUCUUGUACAUAGCAGGUAACGUGGUGGAAACAAAGGGUCGAUCUUUGGAGGAAAUAGAACGUGCCCUCAGUCCGACGAAUUGAAAAUCUUCCAUAAGGUGCAUGUGGUCAUAAUUACAAUGCUGCUCAUGGAAUUGUUUUGCCUUUAGAACUGAUGCUAGCUUUCUUUACUCAAUGGUCAUCAUCUUGCCUGGCGAGCCGGUCGGCUGCUAGUAGUUUAUUGUUGCCAAGUUUCAGUCGUGAAAAUAUGGGAAUGAUAUGUGAGCUAUGGUCAAGCGUCUGUACUUUGUAUCUAUUUUGGAACUGAAAUUUUGUCUAGAAUGUAUGUUUGGUAGAUAUUGUCAAGAACCUUCUCAGUUUCUCGCUUCAAUUUAUCAGGGUUGAAUAAGAUUCCUCUAGCCUUUAGAGUUUCCUUUGAUGUAAUAAGCCAUGAUGUUGGCACUAAUUGUACACUUCUCUUUCUGGAAGCAAUAAGUUUAGAGGUUUCUUGGA